ACAUACACGACCACAAAGGUCUCGCCCGAGAUUCGGUUGGUGUGGAAAGCUGCUGACAAUAUUCUUCUGUGGUCCUGUUUUUUGUCCUCAUACUGUAUUCUAGAUCGUCCCGGAACCCAAAUCGGAAGGCUUGUUCUGAGAUAUAAAUCAUAUAGUCCCUGUCUAUCUGUUCCCUCUACCACUUACAGCGCUGGGAAGGAAACUAACCAUGCCAUCGCCAAACAUCGCCAAUUACACAGGCACACCACCACCACCAGCAGUAGUAGCAGCAGCAGCAGACAAGUUCCUCCCGGCCCUACACCACGCCGUCUCGGGCUCCGCCGGCACGCUCAUCUCGACAUGCACUCUCUACCCUCUCUCUCUAGCGAUUACCCGCCUCCAAGCUCAACGACAUUUUCGUCGGGAGGAAAGACUCAACAGCAGCAGCAGCGCCGGCGACACCACUCCCACAGGUCCGGCCGGUCCCGGGGCAGCUCCGGAUCCGACGCGGGAGUCCACGCACGCCGGAAUCACCGGAGCCUUUUCGCGGAUCUGGAACUCCGGUGGCGGGCCGAGAGCGAUCUAUACUGGCCUAGCUCAAGACGCAGCCAGAUCUGUCUUGGACUCUUUCCUCUUCUUUCUCUUCUAUGAGUGGUUCCGGAGCGUCGGGCUCGCCGCCGGUGGCCGCGGUCGCCGGAGGAGAGGCGAUAGGUCCGUGCCGGGGUUAGGCGUCCUCGAGCAAUUGGCUAUUGGCGUGGCGGCUGGUGCCUGCUCGAGACUCCUCACGACUCCGAUCGCCAAUGUGGUCGCCCGCAAGCAGCCGGUCCCACUUAUCGACGGCGAGGAGGUGAGGGAUGCUAGCGUCCGCGAGAUCGUCGAAGCUAUCCGGAAGGAGCAGGAUCUCGCGGGGUUCUGGUCCGGAUACUCGGCCAGCCUGGUGCUCACCCUAAACCCGAGUAUCACCUUCUUCCUUCAGGAGUUCCUUAAGAAAAAGACCGUCUCGGCCGAUAGAUGGGAUAACCCCGGCGCACACAUAACGUUCCUCCUUGCCGCUAUCAGCAAGACCAUCGCCAGCACUAUCACAUACCCGCUCCAAACCGCCGAGACUCGGCUGCAGAACGGCAUCCCCAUCCCGGCCGCGUCCGAGAGCUCGAACGAGGAUGCAGCACAAGCCCCUGAAGUCGUAGUCGAGGCUCCCACGCAAGACGCGCAGACAACACACCACGUUACCUUCGACGAGGCAAUAUCGCCCAAGACAGAAGUCCCUCGUAAGGUCUCCUUCAAGGAGAACGUCGCGCCACCGGAGCGGAUCCCCGGAGCCGAAGGCGGUUAUAAAUCGGACGCGCUACGGGCGGUCAAGGACUUUGGCAAGAGCAGCGUCUUCGGUGCCACUAUGCAGAUCGCGCGCGCCGAGGGCGUCGGGGCCCUGUACGAUGGUAUCUUGGGCGAGUUGAUUAAGGGCUUCCUGGGCCACGGGGCCACGAUGCUGGCUAAGGACGUCGUGCACAGGCUGCUCUUUAAGCUAUACUUCGUCGUCGCGGGCGUCUUGGCUGAGAUCCGGGCACGCAGGGCUAGGGCUAGGGCCGGAGUUAGGGAUAGAACUGAGGCUAGAGCUGUUGUUAGGCCGGUGACUAGGACCGAAACUCGGACUGAGACCGUGGUUGAGACCGUGGUUGGGGGCUCGCCGGAGGCUAGGAGGAUUGAAGCUGGGCCGGAGCCUAAGGCUAUAAUUGAGACCCCCGUUGAAACCCGGCCUAAGACACCACCAUCCCCGACACGAAUGUCCUCGCCUCCGCCAUCGCCGCCGUCCUCAUUACUAGAAUCCCCACCAUCGCCACCACCGUCUCUACCCCAAGCGCCAACACCACCCCCUCUCGAAUUCGAAUCCGAAUCCGAACCCCCAUCCCCAUUCGCCCUCCCCCCUCCUCCUCCUCCACCACGCCAACCAUCCCCUCCGCCACCACAGCGCACCUCCCCCUCCCCCCUCCGUCUAGCAUCUCUACCGCCGCGCCGCCGCCCCCCAACCCCUCCGCCCUCCUCGCCGCAGCAGCACCAACUCCACUCGCUGCGGGACCGGCACGACAACGCCUACGACCGGUACCGAUACGAGCGGCUCCCGUCCCCGCCGCCAACACCGUAUCCCGCGGCGGGAUACGGAUACCGUUGGAGUAGUCCGCGGAAGCGUAGCGGGGCACGGUCGUUCCUCGCUGAGAACGACGGGGAUGAGGGGGGAAGCGUGGUGGCGAAUAUGAUUGAUAGGACGCAGAGGGGGGUUAAGUAUUAUUGAUUUGAUUAGAUGAGGAUGAUGAGGAUGAUUGAUAUUGGGGUGGGUGUUGGGGAAAAAAAAAGGGAGGGGGGCCUGUAAGAAUGGGCUGUACGGGAUUUGCU